AUGUCGUUCGCCGCGCCGAAGCGGAAGAAGCCGCACGAGACCUGGCGCGGCGUCGGCGGCGGCGCGUCGUCGUCGUCGUCGUCGUCCGCCGCCGCCGCCGCCGCGCGCGCGGACGGCACGCGCGAUGCGUCGUCGUCGUCGACGUACCGAACCCGCUCGACCGCGGGGUCGUCGUCCUCCCUGGGCAGCGUCUUCGCGGUGACGAACCGCGCGGGGAUGCGCGUGACGCAGAAGGAGACGUGGAAGAUGGAGGAGCUCGUGGAGUCGCUCGAGCCGGACGUCGUCCGCGCGAGGAGGAGAGACGCGGACGACGCGUCCAGCGAAUGGGACUCGAGCUGGGGCGAGAUGCCGACGGGCGACGGAGAGGGCGGGAUCCCCGCGUGGAAGGGCGGCGCGAGGGCGACGACGGACGUGAUUCCGUUCCACGACGAUCCGAUCCUGCGCGCGAACGUCAACGGCGCGAGCGAGUCGCGGAGACGCCCGGUGUGCGUCGCGCUGCGACCGAAGGGGCCGUCGGCGGCGAACUCUGUGGGCGUCGCCGGCGUCUGCGUCAAACUCCGCGCGUGGCUCGUCGCCAAGCGAAGAGUCCACGAGAAGCGACGACUGACGCUCAUACGCAUGCUCGGCGCGGGGAUCACGCUCCCGGACCCGUCGGAGAACGACGAGCACAACGUCAAGAUCCUCCCGCGCGACCAAGGCCCCGGGUACAGACCUCGUAAGGUUCCGCCGGGGCCGCACGACGGAAAGAAGCUGCCGAUCACGAAGCGGACGUAUCACCCGAUGUGCGCGCCGCCGAGAGGGACGGUGGCGUCGGACGGCUCGUGGGACUUGCCGUCGGUCACGCCGAAGAUCGACCUCGCGGCGGAGAUGGCGGACCCGCCGCCGCGCCGCGCGCCGAGCGUGUUCAUCGACAGAGAGCAGUUCGCGCGCGCGUGCGCGCAUGCGGGGACGCCGUUCACGGACGAAGACGUCGCGGCGGUGUUUGAAAAAUACGGCGUCGUGCCGUCCAAUCCGGCGACGCGCGUCGCCGGCGACGACGAAGAGGCGGCGCGGAGGAAGCGCGAGAAGCAGAUCGACAUCGAGCGAUUCGCGGAUAAGGUGCUCGCCGCGCCGAGGCGGGAGCUCGGGCAGGCGCCGUCCGCGCCGAUCGACGGCGGGCCCGCGGACGGGUUCGAGGGGAAGAUCUCGUACCCGCCGUGUAACACCCCGGUGAUGGCGCCGACCGGGUGGGAGAGCUACCACGCGCGGCGGUCCGCGGACGCGCCGAAGGAGUCGCUGAGGUUGGAGUGGACGUACGGCGCGUCCGUCGCGGGCGUCGGCGGGAUGCUGCAGUUCGCGCCGAGGACGGGGACGGGGACGGGGACGGGGAUGAGGAGGAGGACGCGCGGCGGCGGCGGCGGCGGCGACGACGACGACGCGCGCGAAUCGACGUCGGCGUCGGCGUCGGGAUCGAAAUCGUCGUCGGCGGGCGCCGGGCACUGGGUCUACGCGUGCGGCGCCGUCGGCGUCGCGUACGACGUCGAGACGCAGACGCAGACGCACUUCCGCGGGCACGACGAGGGCAUCGUCUGCCUCGCGACGCACCCGUCCGGGCGGUGGGCGGCGACCGGGCAGGCGGGGCGGAUCCCGUGCGCGGUGAUCUGGGAAGUGGAGUCCGGGAAGGAGAUCGCGCGGCUGCGGCACGACGUCGGCGACGGCGCGGUGAUCGCGCUCGCGUUCUCCCCCGGCGACGGAAGCGUCGGGGGAGGCCACGCGAGGAUCGUCACGAUCUGCGCGGACAACAAACACACGACGCGCGUGUGGGAUUGGGGCGGCGACCCCGGGUGGCGACCGAGGCCGCGGCGGCUGUGCGCCGGCGUCGGGUUGAACGGCGCGCCGUGCCCGCCGAAGGUGCGCGGCGCCGCGUGGAGCCCCGCGCUCGAUCGGUUCGUGACGUUCGGCGCGAAGCACGUCAAGCUGUGGACGCCGACGGAGGACGCGCCGAUCGCCGCGGGGGGCGUCGUCGCGGCCGCGCCGCCGACGGGCUCGCGCGCGAACACGCCCGUGAUGGGUCUCGUGACCGCCUCCGGAUCCGGCGCGACCGCCGACGCUCGCGGCGCCGGAAGCGCGGCCGGAACUCCUACCGCGUUGCCCGCCGGAAACAAGCGCGGGGUGUACUCCGCGCGGCCGUGCGUCUUCGGCGCCGCCGCCGGGUUCGAUAAGGGCGCGUCCGACGCGCUGUGCGGCGCGUUUCUUCCCGGCGGCGGCGGGCGCAAGUUUAUCACCGGCCACCGGAACGGGUUUCUGUACCUGUGGAGCGACCGGACGUGCGAGCGGACGAUCGACGCGCACGGCGCGAACCCGGUCAAGUCGAUCGCGGUCGCGGUCGUCGCGGCCGACGGCGACGGCGACGGCGACGGCGACGACGACGAAGACGCCGUGGAGGUGAUCUCCGCGGGCGGCGGCGGCGCGGUGCGCCGCUGGGAAGUCGUCCGCGGCGUCGUCCUCGACGACGCGGCGUCCACGCGCACCGCGCAGACGCCGACGGUGUACCCUCCCGGGGACGCCGCGGUCGCGGCGGCGAUGAACGCGGCGCCGCCCGCCGUCGCGGCCGUCGCGGCGACCCCCGCCGGUGACGUCGCCGUCGUCACCGCCGUCGGCGACUUGUGGCUCAUGCCGCGCGUCGGGUCGCCGCGGCCGAUGACGCACGGGUGCGCGGGCCCCGCGCACGACGUGUGCUGGCACCCGCGGAGCGAGGGGAUAUUCGCCGUCGCGGGCGGGUCGGCGCGCGUGAUGGUGCGAGACGCGAGGACGAGGGACGCGGUGGGCGCGGCGUGGGCGUUGGAUCCAGUCCCGGGGAAGGCCACCGCGUGCGCCCCCGCCGCGGAGGAUCACGAGCCGCCGCCGCCGGAGAGCGACGACGACGACGACGACGACGCGGCGGACGGCGGUAAAAGAACGCCCCCUCGGAACGCCGACGCGGUAUCGCCGUCGUCGAUGACGUCGUCCGCGUCCGCGACGCCGCUGAGCCCCCGCGCGGCGAAGAUUCGAGCCGAGCUGAACGCGCGCGCCGCCGCCAAGGCGGCUAACGCGCCGCCGAAACGCCUCGGCGUCCUCGCCAUCGGCUGCGCCGACGGCAGCGUGCGCCUCGUGAAGCUCGUCUCCGCGACGCUCUCGUCUGUGGACGCGCCGCCGCCGGAAGGGUUCGAGGACGAGUGGGUCGGCUCCACCGCGGCGGCGUUCCCCGCGUGCAAGGCGCGGCGGUUCCUCGCCGUCGGGUCGCACGACGACAAGACUCUCGUCGUGCUCGAAGUGCAGCGCGCGGUCGAGGAGGACGUCCACGACAACGUCACCGUGUCGUACAACCUGACGCGCGCGGCUCGGUGCGUCGGACACGCCGCGGGGAUCACGUCCAUCGACUGGUCGACGGAUUCGAAGAUCAUUCGUUCGACGAGCCGCGCGGGUGAGAUUCUGCAUCACGACGGCGUCGGCGGGCGGCUCGCGGUCGGCGACUUCCGCGACGCGUCGUACGCGGAGUGGACCUCGCCGCUCGGGUUCGAGGUGAUGGGCAUAUGGCAGGGCGGCGCGCUCAGCGGCGACGACGUCAACGCCGUCACGGUCGCGGCGACGCGCGGCGUGUGCGCGACGGGCGACGACUUCGCGCGCGUCCGGCUGUUCAACUACCCGUGCGUCGUUCCGAACGCGCCCGCGAGGGAGGAGAUGGAGACGCACGCGUCGCACGUCUCCCGCGCGCGGUUCUCCCCGGACGCGCACGGGAACGCGCGGCUGGUGUCGCUGGGCGGCGCGGACCGCGGCGCGGCGCAGUGGGCGCUGAUGGGCGAGGACGGGAAGCCGGUGCCGCCGCUCGAGACGCCCGCGGAGGAGGCGGCGCGCGCGAAGGCGGCGGCGGAGAGGCAGCGGAGACGCCGCGCGUCGUCUCAGUCGUACGCGGUGGACGGUAUGAUGUUUGCAGGCUCCUCGGGGUCGGAAGACGACGUCGACGACGACGAAGACGGCGACGACGAAGACGACGACGACGACGACGACGGCGAUUUCGCGUUCGCGCGCGCCGGCGGCGGCGACGGCGGCGGCGCGCGGGCGUCGCCGUCGCCGUCGCGAUCGCGAUCGCGACCGAGCGGUGGCGUCGUCGGCGGCGGAGAGGACGCCGACGGAGCGCCGCGAACCGCCGCCGCGGCGAUAGAUGACGUGAACGCGCGCAUGAAGGCGCUCAUGCGCGCGGCGGCGCCGCCGAGACGGACGCUCAGAAAACCCAACCCGCCGUCUCGACUCCUCGACGCGUCGUCGUCGACCCCGCCGCCUCCCAGGGCCAAGGCGAAGACCGCCGCGCCGGUCGCGUUCGGGGGGCGGACGACCCCGGCGCCGGCGCUCAAGCCCGCGCGCGCGAGGGGCACCGCGACGAGAGCCGCGGCGGCGGAGCGCAAAGCCGAGGCGAAGGCGGCGCGCAUCGCCGCGAAAGCCGUCGCGCUCGCGGCUGACGUGGACGUCUUCUUGAAGAGCAACCCGGACGCGAGGAACGCCGCGGUCGUGGACGAUUUACUGGACGAGCUUCUGGACGCGGACUUGGAGAAGGAGGACGAGGCGCCGGUCGAGGAGGAGAAGGAGGAGGAGGCGGAGGUCGAGGAGGAGGAGGAGGAAGAAACGGCGGACGUCGAGGCGUUUCGCGUAGGGUAUUCUCGACCCUCGCGCGGUCGCGCGAUCGCGACGGCGGCGGACGACGACGACGACCUCGAGGACCUCGAGCCGCGGAAGCCGCUGGAGCUGGAGCCCGCCGCCGCCGCCGCCGCCGCCGCCGCCGACGACGACGACGCAGCCGAGUCUGAGUCCGCCGCGGUGGUCGGCGACCUCGUCUCUGCCGCGAUCGCGGCCGUCGUCUCCGGCGACGACGAGGCGACGACGCGGCGGAGAUAG